AUGUCGCAUCUAGCACCAACUGGUAAAUGGGACGCAAGAUACAUUGGUCCCGUACCUCAUGACGCUACGUACUAUGCCAAGUGCAUGCUCGGUGGUGUUCUUGCAUGCGGUAUCACUCACGCCGGCAUCACACCUCUAGAUGUGGCCAAGUGUAACAUGCAGGUGGACCCUGCCAAAUACAAGGGCCUCUCGUCUGGUCUCGCCACGCUCGUUCGCGAGGAAGGUCGGACUGGUAUCUGGAAAGGCCUCGGUCCCACCUUUGUCGGUUACUCGUUACAAGGCAUGUUCAAGUACGGUCUCUAUGAAGUGUUCAAGGACCAGUACAUGAACUUGGCUGGCGAGGAGCUGUCUAACAAAUACAAGCCUGCUAUCUGGCUCGUUGGUUCCGCAUCAGCAGAGGUCUUUGCCGACAUCGCUCUCUGCCCUCUCGAGAUGACCAAGGUCAAGAUCCAAACCAGCCCUAGUGGCACAUUCCCCACUUCAUUCGGUGCCGCCCUUGCGGAGAUGAGCAGGACAAAGGCUGAGACCCGCUACCCCUUCGGCUCCCUUGUUCCUCUAUGGUCUCGUCAGAUUCCCUACACCAUGGCCAAGUUCUGCUUCUAUGAGAAGAUCGUCCAGCUCUUCUACACUCACGUCUUCCCUGAGCCUAAAGAGACGUAUGCGAAGACCACUCAACUUGGUGUCACUUUUGCUUCUGGUUAUCUCGCUGGUGUUGUCUGCGCCGUUGUCUCCCAUCCGGCUGACACCGUGGAAACUGGCAUUGUCACACUUGCAACCAAGGGUCUUGGCACCCGUGUGUUGAUGAUCGGUACUCUCACUGGCUUCCAAUGGUGGAUCUACGACUCCUUCAAGGCAUCGAUGGGUCUUGGCACCACCGGUGGCAAGUAG